AUGAACUACCAAUACAUUACUGGAAGCAACCAUGGAGGAAGUGAAUCUGUCUUGGAGACAACAACUAAAGCAGCUGCAGAACCACAAAUUGCUACAGCAUCACGAUCAAAUUCAGUAACAACUGCAGCACCAGCAAAACCAGCAACAUCUGAACCAGCUCAAGCAACAAGACCAAUAACAGCAGCAGCACAAGCAACAGAAGCAGAAAUGGCGUCAACAACUGUAGCAGUUCCACUACAGUCACUGGCAGAAAAGAGGAAGGAAACCACAGGCAUCAGCAAUUACAGGGCAAAACCAACAGAUACUACAACAACAGAUCCACCACUAACAGAAACAGUGCCAAUAAAAGAAUCAAAGGCAGCAACAGCACGAAGAAACCUGUCAGCACCACCACCACAUCCACUACCACUACCACCACCACCACCUCCGCUGUCGGCGACGGCAGGCGGGAUCAAUAGCCGCUCCCGCCCGCUGACGUCACGGGCACAACCUGUGGAGGGUGCGUGGGCGGCCCAUUCACUCCGGGACCCCGCUGUGGAGCUGCCGCGGCGCCGCUGGAUGCAGGUGAAUGGCGGACGCCCACGCCUCACGGCCGCGACCGCGGCGGCGCCGGGCGCGCUUCCGGAGUACCCUAGGUUAUUGCGGCCGGGCGCGCACCUGCCGCAACCUGAUACAGCUAGAGCCGCGCUGUUUGCAAACAGCAUCGCGUUCACUACCAAGGUACCGGAACGCCAUGUGCUGACGCAAUACACACUGCGUGUUGUUGACGGCCCAGUGGCAAGCCACGCGGGAGAGCUGGACGUGUGCAGAAGAGGUGCGGCGAGCGGACAGGAGCGCAAGGACAGCUCUGCCGGAGGCCAGGAAGUGAGGGGCGAUACAAGGAGCGAACGCUGCGAGCCGGGGUCAGUUGUGCGCUCGAGCCGGGACCGUUUUGGUGAUGUAAAACCAGGAAAGAAAGAAACUCAGCGGCUGGCGUACUGUUUCUCCUGA